GAUUACAUCCCAUCAACAACACAUCUGUCAUCGACAUUAGGACCGAGUCCAAAGAGGUUCUGCUGCGAAGUCAUAUUUAGGAAGGUUGGCAAAAUGGCGAUAUAUUUUAACUAAUUUACGGGUUUUGUAAACAAUUGGAUCCACCAUUAUGUAAAUACAGCCCGCACGUCACUUUUCUUUGUUUUUACAGCAGCAAAUCAGUUUUUCAGUAACCAAUCGCGUUUCGUUUUGGUUGAGUUCAUGUCAGCAAAUGCCUUCAUAUACACCACUAGCACGAGGGUCUUUCACUUACUCUUCUUUACAACGAUUUGAAACAUUACAGCAAGGUUAGGGCUACAAAACUAACUCAAAGUGGAGUUUAAACAAUUGACUUGAUACGUCAAUCAUUAGGAAUACAAUCACGGGACAGAACAGAGAAAAAUCGACUGAUUUUUGAAUUGUACAAAAGAACUCUUGACUGCCAUUGUCAACUGUCUUUACAUAAACACACAACAGAGAGGUCUUAGGGUAUGGAACUAGAGUUGGAUGGAGUUAUGCCAGGAUCUUACGUCAAACAAGAAAGGAUUACAAAGUUCGGCAAGAGAAAAUCUACGUCCAGAAACUUUGAGAAACGUCGUUUAAUUUCAAAAAAGGGAAAUCUUCAAAUCAUUGCCGACAACGUCCCAGCUCGUAAUCAACUCUUCUUAGCUGACCAUUUUACUACGUUAAUCGAGGCACGUUGGAGAUAUGUGUUUGCAGUAUUUUCUUUAGCGUUUUUAUUGAGCUGGGUGUUUUUUGCAGCAAUAUGGUGGGGAAUAUAUAGCUAUAGAAAAAAAUAUCACGACAUGGAGUGCAUCGAAAAAGUCGAUAACUGGACCUCGGCCUUUCUUUUUUCUCUUGAGACCCAAACUACAAUUGGUUAUGGUGGACGUCAAGUCACUCCGCACUGUCCUGAGGGAGUUGUAUUAUUAAUUUUACAAUGUAUAGUAGGACUUUUGAUUUCAACUACUAUGCUAGGACUAGUGUUUGCCAAGCUUUCAAGGCCCCAUUUACGUCGUAGAACUGUUAAAUUUUCAAACCAUGGGGUCAUAGCGUUGAGAGACGAUAAACUGUGUUUGAUGUUUAGAGUUGGUGACGUUCGUAAAACACCGUUAUUGGAACCACAUAUUCGGGCCUCGCUCAUUAGAAGGCACUUAACUAAAGAAGGGGAAGAAAUUGGGUUUUUUCAACAGAGUUUAUCUCUUCGUCACGACCAUGUCAAUGACGAAAAACUCAAUCUAUUCAUACCUGCUAUAGUGUAUCAUGAAAUAGAUGAAGAGUCUCCUUUCUAUAGCUAUGGCGCAGAGGAUAUCGUACGAUUAGAUUUUGAAAUUGUUCUUAUUUUGGAAGGAAUUCUUGAAUCAACAGGUAUGACUACACAGGCGAGAACCUCGUAUCUUAGUGAUGAAAUUCACUGGGGACAUUUAUUUGAAGAUAUCGUCUCUCGUGAUAAUUUCAAAGAUGGAUCAUACCGGGUCAACUUUGGACGAUUUAAUGAUAUAUUUCCCGUGCCUACUCCAAGAUGUUCAGCUAAGAUACUCGAUGAAUUAAAGAGUAAUAGAGGAGACUCGGACCCUCCUAAUUCUCCAUUAACAAACUCUACGCAUUCAACCGCAGAUUUUCAAGUUGACUGCAAUAAUCACGAAGGACUACUUGAAGAAAAGCCAGCCAGCGCUACCAGCUUGGCAGCCCUUCAUCGUAACAGUUCCCAACUUGUUCCUAAUGGAAGUACGGUCAGUUUCAAUAACCCUUCAAUUAUAACUAGUAGACUAUGAUAUCAAAUAUAUAUGAAAAUAAUAAUGAAACGAUUAGAAGGUGAUUAUGGCGUUUUCAAGAAGGCGCUAAAUAUCAUCCGAUUGAUAAGUAUAUCAACACUUGUGCUAUAAUCUUUAUACAAUAUUUGUUAAGAUAACAUUAUUUAAGGCUUGCUAUAUAAUUUUCCACAGAAUCGUAAGAUUUCUGACAAAUAAGUCAUUUAACGAAUUAAUAUUGCACGCUUGCUUGUAAUCUAAACUAAGUAAAAAACAUAUUAGCAAUUCAUUAAUUCCAAUAAUUCAUCUAUUUAUCAGUUACGACAUGAAAACAGUUUUUUUAAAAGGGAAAAAACUUACGGCAAAAACCUUUAAUUAAAAUUUCCCAAAGUGAGUGACAAUUUGUGAAUAUCAAAUAUUUAUAGUUGGAUGAUAAGUCUUGCAAUAAUUAUUCUGCCCCAACUGCAGGAAAACCGUUGAAUUAUUAUCAAAUGAAAUACACAAACUAAUCAAGAAUUCACGUAGUUAAAUGAAGUUUUCUUGUUGGCGUUGUUUUUAAUAAAGUUCAAAUAAAUGAUACACGUUCUUUAU